AUGGGGGACGAAGGCGGCGGCCGCGGCUGUGGGCCCACUAGGGAGCUGCGGAGGCUGAAGCAGCAGGCGCUGGAGUACUACCGGGAGAACGACGUCCCGCGCAGGCUGGAAGAGCUGCUCAACUCCACCUUCUACCUCCAGCCUGCCGACGUCUACGGGCACCUGGCGAACUGCUUGUCUAAACUUGCGAAGCCGCCCACCAUCUGCAAAGUGGUGGGGAAGCAUGUGCUGGACGGACUGGGGCUUCCCACCCUCCAAGUGGAAAUAUUCUGCACCAUUCAGAAUUUUCCCAAGUACAUUUGUUCUGUGAUGAUGGCGACUCACUUCGAAGUCUACGAGAACGCUGUGCCCGAGCUAGCUGAAGCGAUGGAAGCAGAGAGGUUGGAUGCCGUCAGCACUGCUGUGCGGUGGGUCAAUGAAAACAUCACCCAGGAGCUUCAGGGCCUAGAGCCCUCCAACCAGGCUGAGGUGGACCAGGUGCUCAGGACAUUCUUUGAAAAUAAAGUGCAAGAAGAUAAUGAGGGAAAAGAAUUGGAAAAGAGCCUGGAAAAAUCAGCAGUACACCUGUCUUCCUCUCUGAUGCCACCACCAACAACUCCUCCUCCUCCACCUCCGGCCAAAAAAAAAGGACAGAAGCAAGGUCGGAAGAGUACUAUCAUAGAGAAACCUAUCCCACCUCCAGAGCCUGUUGAACCUGUGCUCUGUGGCAGCAUGGCCAUAGGGGCCGUGUCACUAGCUGUCGCCAAGACCAUUGCCGUGCUGGACAGUAACCCUCUGUACUUCCAUAUCGCGUCCCUGAAGCACCAUCAGGAACAGCCAGCAAAGCUAACUAUUCCUUUGCUAAUGGUAUCUCUGGUCAGCUGUGGGAAGUCGUCGCCUGGGAAGCUGAAUUUAAUGAAAGAAGUGAUCUGUAUACCCCAUCCUGGAUUAAUGGCUAAACAAGGUGUGGAGAUGCUCAUGGAAAUUCAGAAGCAAAUAAGCAAGACAAUUGAAACGCCCCCUCCUCCAAAAGCAGAGAUGAAGAAAGGGCAUAAUGGAGGCAAAAGAGGUCAGCAGCCGGUCACUGGCAAGAUGUCCCAUCUGGGCUGCUUGACCAUCAAUUACGACACCAUAGAGCAGCCCCUGCUCACCAUACAAGGAGUCUGUGCGAACCUGGGGCUAGAACUGGGGACGAAUCUGUAUCUGGCCAUCAACUGUGCUGCGCAUGAGCUGGUGGACUAUAGUAAGGGGAAGUAUGAAGUGAUGAUGGGAACAUACAAAAACACCACUGAGAUGGUUGACCUGUAUGUGGAUCUGAUCAGCAAGUUCCCUUCAAUUAUCGCCUUAAUUGAUCCUUUCAGGAAAGAGGACUCUGAACAGUGGGACAGCCUCUAUAAUGCUCUUGGUUCCAGGUGUUACCUCAUUGCGGGAAGUGCCUCCAAAAGCAUUGCCACACUUCUAGAGGAAGGCGACAUCAGCACCCCCAGAUCCAGUGGGCGGAUCAUAAAGCACACCAAUCAGACGACGCUGUCCGACUUGGUGGAAAUAAGCAACCUCAUGGACAGUAAGAAGCACCUGGCUGUCUUUGGAAGCGCGGAAGGGGAGUCUGCAGAUGACAGCCUCGUGGACCUGGCCAUUGGACUGGGUGUCCAGUUUAUCAAGUUGGGAGGUCUUUCUCGUGGCGAACGAGUGACCAAGUACAACCGCAUUUUCACUAUAGAGGAAGAACUUGUCCGGAACGGAACACUGGGUAUGUGCUGCUUUCCUGCUUUGUUUUCACUUGGCCGUGAACAAGAGAACAAAGACGGGAAGAGGGGGAAUAGAAGUCCCCCAGCAGGAGGGCAGGGGACUCCAAAGACUAGAAAUCAGAGCUGACAAACCAGGGUGGCAUGUGCCACAAUGUGCAUUGUUUCCUUCAUGGAUUAUCUGUUUACCUGAAUGUUUAACACUCUCGCCAGCUGUUCGUCUUGAUAAAUAGGCUGCGUGAUGCUUUUCAAUAGAAUUGAUUGAUUGGAAUCUCCAAGCCUACCUUUUGUUGUGGUACAAAUCAAGCUGAGGUUGCUCUGCACAACCCAGGAGAAUUAAAGGCAGGUUUUUCCUGAUGGCUUUUGGAAACCACUCAUUUUACUGAAGACAAGCAGGCAGCGUGUUCAUGUUAAUGUUGUGCUUUGGGAAGGCUGUCGUCUCAAGAGAAAGGAACCAAUCACUCAUGACAUGAAACCUUGGUAAAUUUGCAUGGGUCCAAUCACCUUGUAUACUGGUUUAACUGGAGAGAAACACCCCAAAUAUGCAGUUUUACUUUUUAUAUUAUUGAUGGUGAUGGCCAGAAGUACAUUUGUAGCACACAGAGACAUUAAAAC